AUGGCCCUGCACAGAGACGGCCUCUGCGACGUCCGGCCGCGUUCAUCCACUGAGGCGGCGGAGGUGACCGUGACAGCAGCUUUGUGCACCAAAAAAAACGCCAAGGAGGGGAAGCGGUACAGUGAAAAGGUCCGUUUGUGGUCGUGGCCCGGCAGAACAACGGUACCAGCGCACACGCACACGUCGACAGUGAUCCGCGAGUCCUGCAGCUCGUUCCUUGCUCACAAACGCCAUAGCAGCAGUAGAGCCCAAGAGUGGUUCAAACCCUUGAGAAUGAAUGAAGAAGAUGAUGACCCAUUUCCCGUCCUCCGCGUGGGGAAAGUUCCGGGGAAAUGGCCCAUGUCUUUAGAAUCCUUGGAAAGCCUUGUAGUCUCUUAA